GAUGUUUCACGAUUCCGUCCUGAUUUGAAACUAGUAAUUAGUUCAGCUACAUUGGACGCCGAUAAAUUUGCCUCCUUUUUUGACGAUGCCCCAGUUUUUCGUAUUCCUGGUCGUCGUUUUCCAGUUGAUAUUUACUAUACUAAAGCUCCUGAGGCCGAUUAUAUCGAGGCCGCUGUAGUCUCAGUUCUGCAGAUCCAUGUGACCCAACCUCCAGGCGAUAUUCUUGUUUUUCUGACCGGCCAGGAAGAAAUUGAGACAGCGAGCGAAGCGUUGACUGAACGAACCAGAAAGUUGGGCAGCAAGCUGCGCGAGCUCAUUAUCCUUCCAAUAUUCUCAACCUUACCAUCCGAUAUGCAGGUAUCGCAAAACUAG